AUGUUCGACCUUAAGGCAUGUGUUGUGUGUUUAAAAGCCGAUGUAAAGUUAUUUAGCCUGAAUAAUGGUCAACUUAGACAACAAUUCUACUUAGUAGCUGGGCUUAAGACAAAUUCCGGAACUGGUCUACCAGAAUAUUUAUGUUAUCAAUGUAAGGGAUAUGUGAGAAGUUUUAUAAGAUUUCGUGAAAAAUGCCAAAGAACAUUUUAUGUGUUACAAGAAAUUUUAAAAACAAAUAAUGAGAUAACACAAUCUGUAUUAAAUGAAUUGGAUUAUAGUAUUCUUAAUAUUAAGCCAGGCUUAGCUUAUAUGGACUCUACUAAAGGCGGACAUCAGUAUGAGGACAUAAAAUUCAAAUGGUUGAAACAGAAUCGCACAUGUAUAGAGCCCCAAGGCAAUAUUCCCGUUAUGUUAUGUAGUACAACGGAAAAUAUAUUUGAAUUGCCGUUCAAACCGAAAUCAAAUUGCGAAGAUGUGAAAAAUUCAUAUGAUAUGGCUAUCGGACUAAGCAAUAAUAUUGAGAAGAAUGAAGAAAUGUUUGAUUCAAAUGUAAAUAUUAGUAAUAACGAUUUAGAAGUAAUAGAAUUGCAGAAAGAUGAUGCCGAUGGUUCUAUUCUAAAUGAGGAAUAUGGUAAUGUAAUCCCGAUUAGUUUGAAGGAAGCCCAGGCUGUUGUGGAUAUUAAUAAGAAAUUUGCACUCGGAAAGUUUCGUUGUGAUAUCUGUGAUAAGGCUUAUUGUAAUGAAAAAAAUUUAGAAUUACAUAAGAGAAUGCAUGUAGAGAGUGUAAGUGGUUCACAUUUCUGUGUGCUGUGUAAAUAUUAUUAUAAGACAGAAUUUUUACUCAAAAACCAUUAUAAAGACAAACAUAUGUAUAAAUAUUUAUGUAGGAAUUGUCCUGAAGUUAGUUUUGACAGAUUUUCAGCAAAAAGACAUUACAUGUUGAUACAUGGUCCAAAAGGUACAAAGAAAGAUGGUGUGACCGACAAAAUAAAUAAAAAAAGACUUAACAUAGAUAAGAAAAAGCAAGGGAUUUAUAUUCAUAAGAAGAUUAAACCGAAAGACCCGGAAGAUUUCUUAAUAUAUACACCAAUAAAACAAGUAGAACAAUAUUCUAUGGUGCUAGACAGGCAGAAAACAAAGAAUUAUAUAGAAUCUCCAUACAAAUGUCAGUAUUGCUUCAAAGGUUUCAGGGAAGUGGUUACAUAUGAGAAGCACAUGCAGAAACAUGACCCUGUGUAUUCCGGUAAAUAUCAGUGUGAUAUGUGUAAGAUACAUUGUUCCAGUACACGAAAGAUGUAUAAACAUAUGAACACGACACAUAACUUUAAAUUUUCCUGCCAAAUGUGCAGUUUUGUAUGUUACAGCAGAGGUCAAGCAAGGUCACAUUAUCAGUGGCAUAAAAACGUUACUUACUCCUGCCCUCACUGUACCAAAGUUUUUACGAAGCAAUCGACUCGUCUGACCCACAUUCGUAUUAAACAUCCGUCUACUUAUAUCUGUAAUAUAUGCGGACACAGUUACGUGAGUGAGGCUGGCUUGUACUGCCAUAAAAAGAUUGCACACAGUGCUGAGGAGAUAAAAGUCCAGGAAAUGCCAACUCCGUCCCUAUCCCUAUAUUGUUCUGAGUGUGAAGUACAGUUUACGAAUCAAAAAGCUUACGACACACACUUCGGAUCAUCAAACAAACACGCCGAUACUAACGUUUCAACCAAGCCUUCUCGUAGUAAUAAGUGUAGUCCGUCUCGACCUCGCGGCCGGCCCCGCUCCGGGUCAGAUGUUCUUAACACUGGGGUUACAACAGCUUCGCACUGUGAAAUAUGCCAGCAAUACUUACCGAACGAUGUUCAAGCGAAGCGACACUACGAGUCAGAACAUCCCGGGGCGACUUAUCUCAAGAGAUAUAUGUGUGAUAUAUGUGGACAUACAACGAAGCAAUACGCGAACCUAUUGGUACACAUGCGGACACACACACAGGAAAAGCCAUACUCGUGUCCUCAUUGUCAGAGGAGAUUCAGUAUGGUGAGCAACAGGGACAGACAUUUAGUGGUACACACAGGUGAAAAGCGAUAUCAGUGUCAGCAUUGUAACCGUCGCUUCACACAGAGCAGUGCAGUCAAGCUUCACAUACAAACCGUUCAUCUGAAGAUACCUUAUGCUCCGUGGAAUAAGAAAAACAGGAAACGACGUCGUGAUGAGCCAGCGCCCCCCUCCCCAACGCCCCAACAACCUCCUCAAGCCCCACACAAGCUAGUAUUGGACGCUGGGAAUUAUCUGAGCGCGUAUAUAACGUAUAAUGAAUAG